UACGGCGUCACCGCGUCAGUGUUAUUCUAAACUUGAAAUCGGCGUCCAUAAUAAAGUCAAUUAUACUUUGUUGUGUUUUAUUACCGUAAAUUCACAAACGUCAGCUCUGAGCAUCCUCUCAACAAAGGAAUUAUCUUGUACCAUGGUCUGUCAAUAUUUGAUACCAGUUCCGCGAGGGGGAGGUCUUCAAACGUCCGUCUUUUCCAGCUUCUGGUGUUACGCUAAGGAGGUCAUCAUCACUUACCCUUGUGUCCUUCUUUUGAUGCAGAUAUACCGAUUCUAGGAAGAUUAGCAGGCGGCUCACCGACACAAACAGACACACAACAGUGGAUGGUUGGAAUGGCGGGAACAAGCUUUCUCCUGAGCGCAUUGGUGAUGACGUAUGCAGUCACGUGGUCUGCGGCCGAUCUGAAGGAUGAGGCGCCAUGCGCUAGUUCAAUCUUCUGCAAUGGCCUACUUUUGAAAGCUGCUCAAAAUGCGAUGAUCUACAAUGACUCCAAGACCUUCGUGGAUUUACAUCUAAAGCAAUCUGAGGACGUUAUCUUGCAAGCUUUCGGUGAACUUGUUGAUCGGACGGAUGCGAAUGUUAUGAGAGAAUUUGUGGCGGAGUAUUUUGACGGACCUAACAUUGAGUUCGAGGAUUGGGAGCCGUCAGAUUGGAAAGAAAAUCCAGGUUUCAUUGAUGGUAUAAAGGAUGACGAACUGAAGGAAUGGGCGAGAGAUUUGAAUGAACUGUGGAAAGAACUGGGAAGACAGAUCAAACAAGACGUCCUCACGAAUGCAGAUCGUUAUUCAUUGAUUCACGUCGAGAAUCCCUUCAUCGUACCGGGAGGCCGUUUUAGAGAGUUCUACUAUUGGGAUUCAUAUUGGAUAUUCAAGGGUCUCCUACUGAGUGAGAUGACGGAGACUGUCAAGGGGAUGCUGACGAACUUUGUCUCCAUAUCUAAAAGUAUUGGUCACGUGCCUAACGGUAACCGGGUCUACUAUGAGAAGCGAAGUCAACCACCGUUUCUCAUCCCCUCCGUCUACCUCUAUCUUCAAGCCACCGACGACAUCGAAACCAUUCGCACUUUCCUGCCCGACCUCGAGAUCGAGUACCAGUUCUGGAUGACCGACAGGGCCAUAGACAUCACCAAAGAUGCGAAUGUUUACACGUUGAAUAGAUACAACGUCAACAUGGGCAUGCCCAGGCCCGAAUCAUACCGUGAAGAUAUCGAAACAGCAGAUGGUAAAAAUGAAGAGGAAGCCGCGGAGGUAUAUUCCAACCUCGCCUCAGCAGCAGAGAGUGGAUGGGACUUCUCGACGCGUUGGUUCCGUGAUGGGGCAACUCUUGGAUCCAUCCGCACUAAAGAAAUAGUUCCAGUAGACCUGAACAGCGUGUUGUGUCUAAGUGAAUGGGCCCUCUACGAGAUGUAUAAUACGACAGGUAAUGAAUCCAAAGCUGCUACAUACCUCCAGGCCUUCAACGACCGCAAACGGGCCAUCAGUGAGGUACUUUGGAGCGAGGACGAAGGCGCCUGGUUCGACUACGAUAUCGUCGACGAAGACAUUGUCGAUCAGUUCUACCCAUCGAAUAUCAUGCCCAUGUGGGCGUCGUGUUACGACGAUACGAAUGACAUACAACAGCAGGUCCUUGACUACCUUAAAAAAGAAGGUGUUUUGGAGUUUCCUGGCGGAAUCCCGACAUCAUUGACGAAAUCGGGACAGCAGUGGGACUACCCGAAUGCCUGGCCACCUCUCCAGGACAUCGUCAUCGAGACGCUACGCAAAAGCGACGUCGAGGAGGCGAAUGACUAUGCUCUAAAACUAGCCCAGAACUGGACUCUGACGAACUGGAGAGCUUACAAAGAGACCGACCUCAUGUUUGAAAAGUACGAUGUGGAAAAACAAGGCGUGCCUGGGCAUGGUGGGGAAUACGCCGUUCAGGCUGGUUUUGGAUGGACCAAUGGCGUCAUUAUGUCCCUUCUAGAUCACUAUGGCGACCAGCUGGAGGUCGGAGAAACUGGUUCAUCCGGUCACGCCACUGUUUUUAUUCUUCUCAACGUUGUCUGUCUCUUCGCUGCACUUAUCCUCGCUCGUGAUGAGUAGAAAGUAUAUUCGUAAUAGAAGUUGCUAAAACAGGAUAUGAUUUGGACAUAUUUCUAGAUAAUUACUAUAAAACCCCAUUGAUUUCGUAUCAAUCUUAUGAAAUUAGAAAUUAGCUUAUAAUAAUGAUAGUAAUAGUGACUGGGUGUAUAUGGAGAAUAAGAGCGGCCCACCAAUAUAUCCCUGAGGGACACCGUUCAGCAAAGGCGUUGCGUCAGCUCAUGUGUAGCUUUCUGCAAAAGACAGAGACGUCUGUGGGAUGUAAAUGAUGUAGGGGUAGAAGGAUAUUGAACCUAAGCCUAAGGCUCAUCGUAUUUUCGUCAAAAUUAACCAAAGAAGAAUAUAUAUAAGAACGUAACCACUUUUCUCUAUUCAAAAGAUGUUUUUGUCACUCAUGUUAUUAUCUAAACCAUUCAUAGAAAGUUGAAUCAGCAUUUUGUAUAGAAAAUGGAAUUAACACAACAUUUCGCUUUAGAUUGUGAACGUUGUAAAGGUUUAGUGCAAAUAAAUACCCACAUUUUCUGAACGGUAAACUGUA